AUGGCACAAGCUUCGGUAUCAGCGCCGGAGAUCAUUGAAGACCAUGGACCUGAUUUGGAUGAUGACGAUUUUAUGACUGUCUCUUACUCUCGUCCCAAAAAAAGACCUGGGAAAAGGCCGAGACUUGCCAGUAAUUUGGGGGCAGAUAAAAAUACGGAUAAAUCGUCAUCAUACGAAUCAGACCCCAGUAUCUCAUCGCCAUACCAGAAUAGGAAUUUAGACCUGAUCAUUACCCCUAUUGAAAAACAUAAGAGCUUCAAGGAUGUGAGUCCGGCCAUUCUAGCUAACGCAAUCAAGGCAGUUGCCAUUAAUCCUGUAGAACGUAUUUUACCAAUACAACAGGGUAAGGCGAUUCUUGUUAAAUGCAAGAACAUCAAACAACUGAGGGCUAUUCUACAAUUAAGUAACAUAGGGAAUCUCCAUGUAAAGGUAGAAAAGAAAACAACAGGCCUAAAAGGAGUUAUUUCUAAUGUACCACUUGAAAUGACGGAAAAAGAGAUUGUAGAUGAGCUCAAAUUGCAGGGUGUAACAUCGGCUAAAAGAAUAAGUAAGACUGUUAAAAAUGAUAACCCAGACAAUGGAAAUAAUGCACGUGUAACCAUACCCCUCUGUUCGGUUCUACUGACUUUCAAUAGAGCAUCCCUACCAGAUAAAAUUACAAUGUACUUUCAAUUCUUUAUGGUAAAACAGUACAUACCCUGGGUAACGAGGUGCUUUAAAUGCCAGCGUUACGGACAUGGAAUCUCACAAUGCAGGUCAAAGGUUAGAUGUGUCCGUUGCGGAGAAAAUCACACCUUUGAAGAAUGUAAACGAAAAGAAGACCGAACGUGUGUAAAUUGCGGAGGCAAACACUCAGCAGCGUAUAACGGAUGUAUUGCUGCCAAAAAAGCUAAGAAAAUUCAACAACUGAAAAUUCAAAACAACAUAACCUAUGCCCAAGCUACAAAAUUUUUUGUAGAGAAUGGUCAAGCGAACGAGAAUAAUGUAAAUAAACCCAUCCCUGUAAUAGACAACCAUCCCUCAAUCCCCCCUACUAAUACCACAACUCCUAUGACUAAAACGAAAACCCCUCAAAGUGAAAUAAGAAACCCCGAUCAAAACCAUCCCAGUGAUCCCCCUCCUAGUAUCCAAACUCAGAACAACCAGCCAUCACAGCUACCAGGUCCUUCUCGGGAAAUACCGAGAGAAGAACACAAUGACGAGUCGAGGAGAACCGAAAAUAACUUUGCAAAUGCAAAUAAUGAACAGAUUAUAGAGCUCAUCUCCCAUCUCAUUUUCCUUUUUACGGACAGAUACUCUAAAAAAGACGUGAUAAACAUUGUUGAAGCUACUGCCCAAAGGCUUUUAAACAUCAAAGCAAAUACAAACAAUGAAGGGCAGUAA